GCAUGGCGGGGCAUCCAUCUUCACCACCUCCAGCGGGUGUCACUUUGUAACUCGUAAACAUUCACUCCCGUCGGCAACGACAACAACACCAUCCAUCCCAUCAAGAUACCCAUGCACCGACAUACAAACUCGAAUUGCCGAUACCAAGUGCCUGGCCAACAACGGUAGAGGAAAGAAAGAAAUAAACCCGCCCCCCAGAACAACCAAAACGAAACCAGAACGGACACGAAAUGUCCAACCAAGCAAGCUACGCAGACUGCGUCUCCUCCCUCACCCACUCCCUAAGCUUCCUGACCUCCGCCGUGCAAACCCUCGAAUCCGCAACCUCCGACCUCCCCCGCCUCGCCACCGUCCUCCAAACAACCCGCCACUACGAGCUCAUCCCCUCCGCCCGCCUCGCCGCCGCCGAAGCCUCCCUCCGCGACGAGAUCGGCCCCUCCAUCGCCCUCCUCCUCGACCGCGCCGAGGCCCAGGUCGACCGCCGCGACCGCCGCAUCGAAACCCUCAAGGCCAGGUCCGACCUGCUCGCCGGCCGUCUCGCCGCCGGGGACUCCGAAUCAACAGCUACCGCCCAUGGGUCCGGGUCCAGGUCUCGGCCCAAGUCGGCUGCUGCUGCGGGGGCGGGGGAGAGGCGGCAUACCCUCGCGGGCGAGCGGGGGCUGAAGGCUCGUGCGGUGCGUAGUCGGAAGGAAGGGUUGAAGUAUAGUGUGGAGAGGUUGGAGCUGGAGGUUUCGCAGAAGGAGAGGGAGUUGAGGAAGAGGCUCGAGAAGGCUUCGUGAAAACCGUCUUCCUCGCCUUGGGAUUCUGCACCGAUUGGAGGUCCUGGGACGGGAUUUUCUUCGGGCC